CAGCAGGGAUCGCUAAAUCGUGCCGUUAGACAGCUUUCCUGUGAUAAUUAGCAUGGUGAAUGUAAUCAGAAUGGGAACGUGGUUUAGUUUGGCCACCUGUGUGUGUUUGUACACACGGUAAUGUGAACAUGCUCUCACAAGGUCACUUCAACAGCUGCAAGCCUGCUAAUCUCAAAUAGCGGGCAGGUGUGUGUGUUUGCCCGUCGCAGCACAUUUGAGUGUGUGAAUGUGUUUGCCCCUUGUUGAGUGAUGGGAAACGGGCUUGUGUGUAAGUGUUACAGUGGUACACAGGAAGUUUGGGGAGCACCCUCAACCACAGCGCCUGACGAGAGAAGCCAUGCGGAAUUACCUGAAGGAACGAGGAGACCAAACUGUGCUCAUCCUACACGCUAAAGUUGCACAGAAAUCAUACGGCAAUGAAAAAAGGUUUUUCUGUCCUCCCCCUUGUGUGUAUCUGAUGGGCUGUGGAUGGAAGAAGAAGAGGGAGCAGAUGGAGCGAGACGGCUGUUCGGAGCAGGAUUCUCAGCCCUGCGCCUUCAUCGGCAUCGGCAACAGCGACCAGGAGAUGCAGCAGCUAAACUUAGAGGGGAAGAACUAUUGCACAGCCAAAACAUUGUACAUCUCAGACUCAGACAAACGCAAGCACUUCAUGCUGUCGGUGAAGAUGUUCUACGGAAACAGCACAGACAUCGGCGUCUUCCUCAGCAAGAGGAUCAAGGUCAUCUCCAAACCUUCCAAAAAAAAACAAUCCCUCAAAAACGCAGACCUCUGUAUAGCAUCAGGAACAAAAGUGGCGUUAUUUAACCGACUUCGCUCGCAGACGGUCAGUACACGUUACCUGCACGUCGAGGGAGGAAACUUCCACGCCAGCUCACAGCAGUGGGGAGCCUUCUACAUCCACCUCUUGGAUGAUGAAGAGUCCGAGGGAGAGGAGUUCACUGUGCGAGACGGCUACAUUCACUACGGCCAAACCGUCAAACUGGUCUGCUCCGUGACGGGCAUGGCUCUUCCUCGCCUGAUCAUCCGUAAGGUGGAUAAGCAGACCGCCUUGCUGGAUGCAGAUGACCCCGUCUCCCAGCUGCAUAAGUGUGCCUUUUACCUGAAGGAUACGGAGAGGAUGUACCUGUGCCUUUCUCAAGAGAGGAUCAUCCAAUUUCAAGCUACUCCAUGCCCAAAGGAACCAAAUAAGGAGAUGAUAAAUGACGGUGCCUCCUGGACAAUCAUCAGCACUGAUAAAGCAGAAUACACCUUCUAUGAGGGCAUGGGCCCUGUACACACCCCCGUCACACCCGUGCCUGUGGUUGAGAGCUUACAGUUAAAUGGUGGAGGAGACGUAGCAAUGCUGGAGCUGACAGGACAGAACUUCACUCCAAAUCUGCGGGUGUGGUUUGGUGAUGUAGAGGCUGAGACCAUGUACAGGUGUGGCGAGAGCAUGCUGUGCGUCGUCCCAGACAUCUCGGCAUUCCGCGAGGGCUGGCGGUGGGUGCGGCAGCCGGUGCAAGUCCCUGUAACACUGGUCCGUAACGACGGUAUCAUCUAUUCCACAACGCUCACGUUCACAUACACGCCUGAACCCGGUCCACGUCCGCACUGCAGCGCAGCUGGCGCCAUCCUACGAGUGGGCAACACCAGCUUGCUGUCCACGACCGGCAACAGCGUGGGAGGGAACGGAGAAGUGACACCCUACGGUGCCAACAGCACAUCUAAUGCCAUCACAGCGCCGUCCUCUAAUGCAGCCGCGGCUGUUGUGUUAUAACACAUGCAGCAGUGCUCACGAACUUGCAAUGUGCUAUGCGUGAAACAGUUUCAACAGACUACAAACUAUUUGUAAAAGUGCUGCAUAUUGAAUUUCAAAAUAAAAUCCCUGACACGGAAAACAAGGGAGAUAGGUGGAAAAAAAAGGCUAAACCUGUGGCGAGGACGAAAUAUUUGAGAAUGGUUCUUCAGUGCCCUCUUGUGGUUUUUUCUACGGAGCCGGUCUGGUGCUAGCAAUAGACAGUGCCUGAGAGGAGGUGGUCAACAGGUGAAGAAGACAUGGAGACAAGACCACAGCAAUGAUACAUCAACCGUGUAUAAAAUGCGUCGACUGAAAAUUAUGUUUAGUCUCUUACGUUGCUUCCUUGUGGUCUGUGUGAGCGUGAUAUGGUCUGAUUUAUCAAAGCCUGGGAGGUCGAAAUUCUUAGGGUCACGUUAAAAUUGUGAGAUGACAGUUAUUAUGGACCAAGGAUAUUGUAUAAGCUUUAGUAAAGGUACAAUUUUUUUUUUUAUAUCAAACAUUAUAGUGCGCUUUUGUUACCAAAUAGGUUCUAUUCCUCCUCUGAGCUUUCCUUCUGUAUAUAGCUACUUUCAUAUACAUUGGUUCACUUGGACUACUUCAGUUUUGAUGCUUUGUAUUUUGUAAUAGCCCCCACCCCACCCCUUUUUUUGUUUUCCAUUUGGUUAAAUCGUGUUAAUUUUACAUUUGGGAGAAACUCACAGGGUCUGUUUUUUUUAUCGUUCAUUUUUAUAAAGAUUUUAAAAAGAAAAGAGCUUUAAGCAAUGCCUCUGCCUUGCCUGCAUUACGAUAUGCGCUUAGCUUCCUUUAAGCAUUUCAUCGCUGUGUCUAGAUCUCACAAAAGGAACAAUGCCAUCUUUCUGUCUUAUUUGGGAAUAUAAACCAGAAAACACGAUAUAGAGGAUUUGGAUGCAACACACACGUCUUUGAUACGGAAGCCAUAGUGUAGUUGAUUUGUUGUAGAGCAAAUGUAGAAGCUCACAUAUCAAAAACUUCGCUGUAGCUGGAUAUUUGUUACGUUUAAUUUCUGGCGGUUUUAGUGCCGUUUUAUAAUGUCUCCUUUUCUUAAAAUUCAGUUUUUUGGGGUCUUCCUAAACUCGCAUUUUCUAAAAUUUGAAAUGGUCUCAAAAACAGUUGAUUUGGAGAUGUGCUCUACUAUUAGAUGUGGCCUUACUGGAACAAAGGUUCCCCGUUUAGUUCUCCCCUUCAAAAGGAGGUUUACAAACACGACCCGAGGAACCAAGCCUUGCUUUUUGAACAUACUGACAUGCGAUUUUUGAUACUAAAAUUCCCUAAACUUUCAUUUUUUGUUUGAAUUGAGAACAUUUUAAUGUGUACUAGAUACAAACAUACCCAAAGAUAUUAUAUUGCGUUGUUGUCUCUGUUUUUUUAAUAUUUAAAGAGUAUGUCGGGAUUUGUGGCCUCUCGCAAACCAAAAGUAGGAAGCUUUACUUUGUUGGUCAUUGAUGUGUUUAUCGUGGCCUUGGUGUCUCAGCAACUAGUAGACUAGUAUUAAUGACAAAAAAAAAAACCUAGCUGUAAUGAACUCAUCAACCAGCACUAAUAGUGUUUUGUGACUUUCUUUUUUUAUGUACAGUAAUUUAACGUUUGAAUUUUAUGCGUCCAUUUGUAAAAAAAGAAAAAAAGAAAAGAAAAAGUGAAACCAUUCAGCUAUUUUUUUUUUUUUUUUCUCGUGUGUCUGUGUCUCUUAACCUAGUUAUGUCCUUGGUGUUUCUUGUCGAAACGGUUGGGUGUUUAGUGUCCCAGUUUGUCCUUACCUUAUAUGUUAUUGUCUGGAUAGUUAAAGGACAUCAUGGGACUAGAAUCAUGGAAGUUAAUGGCCUUUAAAUGUGUGUGUGUGUGUGUGUGUGUGUGUGUGUGUGU